GGGAGAAACGCACUCUCAAAAACACGCAGCUUACCUAUUUCUUCCGGGUCCUCUUUUCAUUAACCACUUUUUGGAUCGAUCGGGAAGCCACUCUGUAUGGUUUGCGUCACGAACUCCUUGCGCAUCAUCCGACUUGUACCUUCAUGUGGAGACAACAAAAUUAGCUCGGGGUUUAUUCAAGGAACCUCGGUCGCCGCUCAGGGACCAUGGAAAGUAAUCCCCGCGUUGCGCAAAGCUUGCCACCGUCAUAAAAAGAAAAGAGAAAAAGAUCCGGCUGGUAAUUUAUAAACGAAGGGACUGUAUAGCUCUUCAUUGACCAUUCCUCACUGUAAGAAACAUGUCUCUUUAUCAAAAUAUCGCCGCGGUUGGCUCUUUCGCCUUCCAUACCUUGCGUCAUCCACUGGAUACGUAUUUGAGUAUUGGUCCUACACUGAGCGAAGCUACCUUCGGCCUAUUCGGCUCCUCGUUUGAGCCGAGCAGAGACAUUGGUGAUCUCUCGGGGAAGGUGAUUCUCGUCACUGGAGGCAAUGCCGGUCUUGGAAAAGAAACCGUCCUUCAGCUUGCACAACAUAACCCAUCUCGCAUAUACCUAGCUGCUCGAGAUGCUACUAAAGCUUGCGAAGCCAUCAACUCGAUUCAGGGCAGCCUUUCCGCCUCUGUCGAUAUAAGACACCUCCCUCUUGAUUUAUCCUCUUUUCAGUCAAUACACAAAGCCGCAGAGACCUUUUGUUCGGAGUGUGACCGUUUAGAUGUCUUGAUUCUCAAUGCCGGCACCAUGGCGAAUCCGCCAGAGCUCACAAAGGAAGGAUUCGAGAUUCAAUUAGGGACAAACCAUAUUGGCCAUUUCUUGCUUACUAAGUUGCUCCUCCCUACACUGCAGAAGACUGUUGCAAGUCCCGCGUCGGAUGUAAGAAUAGUGACUCUGAGCUCCGCGGCGAGUCAUAGUGCGCCAUCCUUUGAUGUCAUGACCUCGACGCCUGCUCUUCUGAGUUCCCACACCUUAUCACGCUAUGCGGCGUCCAAGGCUGCCAACGUUCUUUUCGCGUCGGAGCUGGCUCGCCGAUACCCGGAUAUCCUCUCGGUCUCGGUCCACCCGGGGACAGUAUCCAGUGAAUUAUACCGCUAUACCGUUGCAAUGAAUGCGGUCUCAAGAUUUGGUAUUGGCAUAUUCUCUACCAUUUUUCGUAGUGUCUGCACAGGAGCGAUGAAUCAGCUCUGGGUGGCGGGGACAAAGAGAGAGCUACUGGUCAACGGUGCUUACUACGUUCCCAUCGGUGUGCGCGGUUCAAAUAGAUUCGCCAAUGAUGCAGAUAUGGCGCGCAGGCUUUGGGAGUGGACAGAGAAACGGAUCGCUGAGAGAUCUUGAUCCCCUCGGCUUCUAUGUGCCUUCUUGCAAUACGGCACAUGCAUAUAAUCUGUUCGGUCUAUUAUGGGACUAAUCUUAAUUGCUCUUCUGGUUGCUGCGCAAUUCUGACAGUGCGUAAUUGAAGAAAUUGCCUGAAGAAGAUUUCGGCUUAAUUAUUGGCUAGCAAUUUUUCUUUUAUCUUAUUUUGAUUAUGGGUGAUUUCCUCCCCCCUUUCUCUCUAUCUCUCGGGGAGAGGGGCGGGAUCGGACGGGUCUUCUUGGUUUGUAAAGAAUGAAGAGGCAAUUGGGUGAGAUUGUCGAGCAAGGUUGGUGGUGAGGCGCGAGACAGAUAUCUCCGGACUAGGAAAAGACUCUGUCUCGGAGAAUAUAAAGAUGAAUGGUGGGAGUUUUCUUUCUCUUUAGUUUCAUACUCCGGAGUAUUGACAUGCAUGAUUACGGGUACCGUAUGCCAUGAUCGUUAGGGUUUAGCCGAGCAGCUGCCAAACCUCCCAAAGCCGAUGCAAGCCCACAACAAAUACCAAACCACCACGAGACAGGCUGGAGAAAAGGGAAUGCAAGUUAACGGGAGACAACAAUGAAGAAG